AUGACGGAACGAGCAGCGUCGCCCGAGGCAGGCGACAGCAACGAAUCUCGCUCCGGGACCGCGGCAUCAGCCAAAGCCGACAAGCAGACCACACCCCCGCCGCCUGCUCCCGAGUCGCAUAGUGAUGAGCAGGAGUCUUCAGACGGAGAAGAUGAUAAUGAGGACGAGACAGAAGGGGACGACGACGACGAUGAAGAGGAAGAGGAGGAGGAAGAUGACGAGCCUCGGCUCAAGUAUGCGCGGUUGACCGCAAAUCUAGGCCCUCUAUACCGGAACGGCGAUGCGACAAGCUCUUUCCUCGUCGCCGGCGACAAGAUGAUCGUGGGAACACACAAUGGCAACAUCAACGUCAUACAGCUGCCAAUAUUCCAGUCCUUGCGCGUCUACCAUGCCCAUUCCGCAUCCGUCACCUCCGUCUCUAUCUCUCCCUACCCGCCUCCGCUUCCCAGCCUCAAGCCCGAUGUCGUCUCCAAAGCUUUGUCCCCGUCGCCAGCUAGUCCUCUGCGACCCGGCUCGCGCCAAGGAGAGUCAUCUCCUGCGGCGGCGUCGAGGAAGCCAAGGGACCCCAAUCCUGUACCGAACACGCCUUCCAAUAACAUAUACAUUGCGACAUCGUCUAUGGAUGGAAAUGUGUGCAUUCAGUCGCUCAUCGACCACAAAGACGUUCAGCUACGAAACUUUGCCCGUCCAGUGCAGGCGGUUGCGCUGUCACCGGACUACAAGAACGACAGGACGUACCUCUCUGGUGGCUUGGCCGGGAACCUAAUCCUGACCGUUGGCGGCCAGCCAGGGAGGAGUACCUCGACCACAAUUGGCACUGCGGCGGCUACUACAUCCGGCUGGCUUGGAAGUAUGGGCCUAAGUUCCAACACCGCAAAGGAUACGAUCCUCCACUCCGGUGAGGGUACCAUCAAUACCAUCAAGUGGUCACUGUCGGGAAAGUACGUCGUAUGGCUGAACGAGCAUGGCAUUAAGAUCAUGCGGUCAAAGUUGCACUUGGAAAGUGCAGAUGCCGAGGAUGCUUGGAAGCGCAUUGGCCAUGUCGAUCGACCCGAGACUGAGGAGUGGGAGACGAUGGCUAGUGUUUGGAAAGGUCGGGCCGAGUGGAUAGAUGAACAAGCUCUUGAGACCGACGAGGAUGACGUUGCGACUGAGACAGCAUUGACUGCUUCCCCGGCCAUCGAAAAACUUAAGCAGCAGCAGAACAAGGGGAACAAUGGAGUCGAGCGGCUCAUUGUUGGCUGGGGCAGUUCCAUCUGGAUCAUCCAUGUCCAUCCGGGUAGUAUUGGCGUUGGGAAGCAUGUCGGUGAGAGGUCGGCUGGAAGAGCCGAGAUUGUCAGACUUCUUCGGAUGGACUGCAUCAUCUCUGGCAUCUCCUUAUACACGCAGAACCUACUACUGGUUUUGGCCUACUGCGUCCCUGAAGACGAGGAUGAGGACGAAGAAUCAGAGCCAACGCCUCGUGGCCAUAAAUCCAAGCCAUCGAAUGCUUCAAGUAGCAGUGAGCCCUCUGGUGGCAUCCGACGCCGACAGAACCACCUGCCGCCAGAGCUGCGAAUCAUCGAUCUGUCCUCGCAAGCUGAAGUUGACAAGGAUACCCUCAGCGUAAGCCGUUUCGAACGGCUCUCUUCGAGCGAUUAUCAUCUUGGCAUCUUGCCGGCACGCAACGCGGCCGCUGCUGUCUCCUCCAAGGGGGCGCUGGAAGCACUUGCAGGGUUCGGCACCGACAUGUGGAAUGCAGCCAUCAACCCCAAGAUGCUAUUCAGCUCUGGAGCUAGUGUCAAGAGCAAGGACAGCAACGAUGGCGCUUCUGGAUCGAAAGUACCUAGUACGUUAGGCAGCAUGAGGUUAGGCCAACCGCCCUCAUCAUUUAGUGUCCAUCCCAACCUUGCAAAGCCGGGAGUCAAGAUCUUCAUCCACAGCCCAUACGACUGCAUUCUAGCAACUAAGAGAGAUCUGGGCGAUCACCUGGCUUGGCUGAUCGAACACCAAGAGUUUCAGAGGGCAUGGGAGCUGGUGGAUGAUCACCCUGAGAUCAUGGCAACGGCGGACAAGCUGCCAGAGCUGCCGCCACCAACUCCGACCAAGACACAGACCACCCAGAGCUCUGACGAUUUCUACGAAGACUCCGUCAUUGAUGCCGCCAGUCGGUCAUUCAACUCCUCGGCUGAACGGGAGAAGAGGCGCAUCGGGGAAUUAUGGAUCAAGCAACUGGUUGAAGUAGAUGACUGGACGCGUGCUGGCCAGGUGGCUGGCAAAGUCUUGAAGAGCGCAGACCGCUGGGAGAGAUGGGUGUGGACCUUUGCUGGCGCAAACAGGUUCGAUCAGAUUGCGAAUUACAUCCCGACAGAACCCAUGCAACCCCCUCUGCCAGGCACGAUAUAUGAGGUUGUCCUGGGCCAUUACAUCCAGAAUGACAAGGUUCGGUUCAGAGAACUGCUGGAAAGAUGGCCUUCGGAGCUGUUCGAUAUUAAGCCUGUCACUGACAACCUAGAGAACCUUCUCAAGUAUCGUGAUGUCCGGGAGGACAGUGUCGAGGAUGGAGAGAGGGGGCGAGACUGGCGGAUCGUCAUGGAAAGUCUGGCGAAGCUCUAUGAAGCUAAUGGCAGGCACCGAGAUGCACUGAAAUGUUUCAUCAAACUUCAAGAUGCCGACUCUGCGUUCCGAUUGAUUCGAGACCGGCAUUUAGCGGACGCCGUUGCUGACGAUAUACCAAGUUUCAUUACGCUACGUGUCCCCAUGGACCAAAUCGACACAAUGAGCCGGGACGAACUUCAGGAGGCGACGUCGGAGGCCAUCACACUGUUGGUCGACGAGGCACAGCACGGCCUGGUCAAGCCUGAUAUCGUCGUUUCCCAGCUGCAGAAGGACGAGUACAACCUGUACCUGUUUUUCUACCUCCGAGCUCUGUGGAUGGGCGAGGGCAUCAAAGAGCACCAGGGCGAGUCGCAUGAUCGCCUCAUCGUUGAGAGCAGGGCGCUGGUCGACGAUUUUGCCGAUCUUGCAGUAGAGCUUUUUGCAACCUUUGGUCGGCCACUUCUGAUGGAUUUUCUAAAGGUGUCAACAUCAUAUUCCUUUGAGAAGGCUGCCGAGGUCUGCGAGACUUCAAACUUCAUCCCCGAGCUUGUUUUCCUCUACUCCAAGACGGGCCAGAUGAAGAGGGCUCUGUACCUCAUUAUCGACCGCCUAGGAGAUGUGAGCCGUGCCAUUGCUUUUGCGAAAGAGCAAGACGACCCAGAUCUGUGGGAAGAUCUACUCAACUACAGUAUGGACAAGCCGCGUUUCAUCCGUGGGCUGCUAGAAGAAGUUGGAACCGCUCUUGAUCCGAUAACACUGGUGAAGCGGAUCCCCGAAGGACUAGAGAUUGAAGGCCUACGGGAGGGUCUCAAACAUAUCAUGAAAGAGCAUGAAAUUCAGUACAGCAUCAGCUCUGGAGUCGCCCGCGUCUUCCGGAGCGAGGUGGCCGCCGCCCAGGCGACUCUUCGAAACGGACAGAGGAAGGGCAUCAAGUUCGAGGUGACGGUGCAGGGGCAGGACCACGUGGAUGUACAAGCGCAGGAUGUCCCUACAAUCAAAGCAUCAAAAGACGUCAGUCAACCAGGCGAAACGGCCAAGACGGAAGACGGCGACGACGAGGGCGGCGCGCAGCAGCAAACGGCGGGCAAGAAGGGGCACAAGAAGAAGCACUCGGCGGUCCAGACGCAGUUGAGGCCGGGCCACUGCGCGCAGUGUUACGAGGCGUUUACAGAGUGGGAGACCGAGACGCUGGUGGGGUUCGCCUGCGGGCAUGUAUUUCAUCUGACGCAUUUGCUGGAGUUUCUGCACCCGGGCGAGCCGGUCGACGCCGACUUUGGGAUGAGCGGUGCGGAGAGCGGGACGAGGAGGAACAUGAUCGGCGCCAAGGUCACGCAUGCGCGGCUGCUCAAGGACAGGAUCCGCGGCGGGUGUCCUGUCUGCCUGGAGAAGGCUGCCCAGGCGAGCUAG